UUGCUAUGUCGACAAUGACAUUCCAGUCUAAGGUGUAAUUUUAAAUUCUAUCAAGAAAACUGUUGAAGCAACAUAUAUAUUUAACGGCUAACUGUAAUUAUUUGCAGAUGGACUCCGGAAUUGGCUACAGAUUCCAUCCGACCGAUGAAGAAUUGGUGGAUCAUUACCUGAGGCUCAAGAUGCUUGGUUAUGAUCAUGAAGUCCAAGCGAUCCCGGUGGUCAAUGUCUUGGAUUUUGAACCUUGGGAAUUGCCUCAUAUCGAGCAUCCAGAGGUGGUGAUAUCUAAAAUCCCAAACGACCAAGUAUGGUAUUUCUUUUGCCCUCGCAAUUACAAGUACUCAUAUAGCCACAGGGCCAAUAGGACCACUAAUGCUGGAUACUGGAAAGUCACAGGCAAGGAUCGUAAAAUCAACGACAAUGGUAUCAAAAAGAAUUUGGUUUUCUAUCAAGGUCGUCCUAAAGGAGCGAAGACCAACUGGAUCGUGCAUGAGUACAAUCCCACGUUCAACUUUCCAACCCAGAGGGAUUUCGUUCUUUGCAAAUUGAAGAAGAGACCAGAUGAUUCAGAUGAUAUGCGCUCCUUGGAAGAACGUGAAUCGAAUACAAUGGUGGCUCCUGCUUCUCCUACUGGACGCAAUAUAACAGAGGAAGACUCGCAGCUGCGAGCAUAUAUGGAAUCAUUUAAUGGAAUCAAUGAGAGGGAUUACAGUCUUAACUCUGCACUGCAGUGGCCGACCUACUAUAGUUAUCAUUAAGAAUUUGAAUAUGUAUUCGAAAGGGAUAGCUGAUACCGUGCAUAGUUGGUUCUGGUUUAUUUUCAGCUACGAGAAGCCAACGAGUUCAACUUGAUGCAGCAUGUCACUACGUUGCUUGAGACUUUCUGUUUUAAUUAUGUAUUUCCUUGGUGUUUAUUUGUUCUGUAUAUCUAAGCCUACUUACUUUUUGGUUCUUUUGUACCUCCUCUGUCGUCAUGUUCUCUAAUAUACUGUGUUGAAUGGGGAACUUUCCCUUCUGUUUAUGUGAGUUUCAAAAAUAAGUACUGAUUUACA